AUGUCUCUACAUAUGACCAAAAUAUGCGACACAUGUGGCGAUUUCAUUCGUCAGGAACAAACAUUCUAUCACUGCUCGGUCUGCCGCCAGGGCAACUUCGACAUCUGUGAGAAAUGCCAUUCGGGGGAUAAGCGGUGCGAUGACGAGCACCAUGUUCUUCUCCACUACAGAAUACGGGGCGAUGCUGUGGUUGACGCCGACACUGGCAAUCUGAUCCAUUACUUCACCUUUGGCAACUGCCCCGGGUGUACGUGGGAGAAGGAUGGGAAGCCUCGGGACGACGACAGCUCUUUUCACUACGAGCCUUUCCCGAACGACUCGUACAUCAGGGUCAUUGACCUCUUCCCGGGACCGGACGACGAGCCUCUGCGGUACUCCCUGCACUACACCCGGCUAGAUUCCCUUUCGAGGGCUCAGUAUAUUGCCAUCAGCUACGUUUGUGGCGAUGUGAAUAUUAAAGUACCGUCCUACUGCAAUGGGAAGAGACUCGACAUCUAUGCAACCCUGGACAAGGCUCUGCGCAAAUGGAGGCGCCUCGAAAAGCAGAAUUGGCUUCGGAUAUGGGCGGAUGCUAUUUCCAUCCAACAGGAUGACAAUGAAGAGAAGUCUGCCCAGGUUGCUAAUAUGCACGAAAUCUACCGCCACGCGAAUCAGGUGUUUGUCGAUUUGGGUGAUCCGCCAGAUGGACUUGAUGUCGCUGUGGAUCUGAUCCGAGGUGCAUCGAAGAGCUUCCGAGUCGAGAACAGGACUCACCCAAAGCCCGACAAUGUCGAGUCCGGUCCGAUCCAUGCACAGCGACUCCCAAAGACUGAAGUCACCGUGGAACAGGCUCUCGCAUUGACUCGGUUCUCGGAAUUGGCUUGGUUCAGGCGGCUGUGGGUCAUUCAAGAAGUCUGCCUGUGGGACGUAUACAAGGCUUUCCCGCCCGUAUUUCUCUGCGGUGAGCACAAAAUCGAAUGGCUUGAUCUCAUCAAUUCCUCGACGCAGUUCGGCUUGGCUCCGCUGCAAAUCAUCGAUGAUCCUGAAGUUGUGACCCCCGAACUCCGAGGCGCCUUUAUCGAGGGCACAGGCUGGAACCCCGUUGCGGCUGCAAUCUUCCUGGAGUACUAUAAAAUCCAAUCCAAACAAGGCCCUGCCCAGAAUCUACACUGGUUUCUUCAUAGAGCGUGGAAGCAGGAAUCAACCCAUCCUGCCGACAAAGUCUUUGGACUUCUCGGUCUCGUCAACAAUCAAUAUGUCAUCAAACAUUCGAGGGUAGCUGCCACGAACGUGCAACAGAAUGGACAUUUGCAGAUUCUGGAUGGUAAAAGGGUGAUUCAAGUUGAUUACGACCUGCAGGUGCCAGAGAUCUACGAGGAGAUAGCACGGCUUACAUUGGCAGAGGAGAAGUCCCUCGAUAUGCUUGCUGACGCCGGUUGCAGUAAGUCAAGGAGACAACCUCAUUUGCCGUCCUGGGUGCCGGACUGGAGCAGCUACCCCAAAGAGCCAGCAUUGAUAUUAUCGUCCGGAUUGACGUCAACGGCGAACUAUCGCGCUUCUCUGAAUACGAGACUUGAACUGCCUACGAAAUUUGCUUCUGGAUUGCUCGAGGUUGAUGCAUAUCUCGUGGACACAGUGCUCAUAGAAGCUGCUCGGUGUGGCGGAGAGGCCGAAGUGAUUGAGGUGUCUGGGAGGGCUGGUUUGCCCGAACAUCGCAUCAUCGGCGUAAAGCAAUACCUCUUGAGUCUUUGGUGGUGUUUUGGAGCCAAGUUCAACUCCUACCCAACGGGACAACGACCGUUUGAUGCCUUCUGGCGCACGCUGAUUGCAAAUAGAGCCAUAUCAGGGAAGCAGUUGGUUAUACCACCAGCAGAAUUUGCGGAAAGCUUCCUCCUGGCAUAUCCGGAGAUUCUCGAGGUUGAGAUCGAGGACGAAAAGCCUGCGUGCAUCUGUCCUCAAUGGGCCAUUGCAGCUAACCAAGAGCGAGUCAACUCGGGCCAGUCAGACAACAACAACGACGCUGGUCUCAAAGAAGGAAAGCCUCUUUCCAUCCAGGACAGAUAUCCCCGUCCAGGUGAAUUCUUUGGAAACGAGCAACCAGCUUACGGUGAACAUUAUAACGCAGCUCUUCGGCAAUCAGCAAUCGGCCGACGAUUUUUCAGGACGACGAAGGGCUACAUGGGCAUGGGACCAAAGAAUCUUACCAAAGGUGACCAUAUCGUCAUUCUAAAAGGAGGUUCGCUACCCUUUGUACUCCGGAAAGCGGAUGCUGGUGACGUUGAUGGCAUGCCGGUCUUCACCCUACUUGGAGAAGCGUAUGUGCACGGCCUCUCUGAAGGAGAGAUACUACAAGAUUGCAAGGAUCCCGACAAUGACCCCAACUGGACAAGGGUCAUACUGAGCUGAGGUGAGCUGUCUCGGGGUGGUUGGCUCUCCAGGAUCCGGUUUCGUG